AUGUUAAACAGAAGUGUUGUUAGAGGCCUUAAAGCCAGAGCCAAUGUCAACACAUUCAACUCCAUUAGAUCCUCUUCUCUCGCUGCAUCAAGAUCUUUAAAUUUACCAAUCAAUAGAUCAAUAACUCACACGACAAAUUUAAAUGCUGCUGCUUUAAAUCAAUCAAAUUCAAAAGUUAAUUCAGGUUCUGCUUCUUUCCAUAAAGCUCCAAAAAUCAUUUCAAACCAUACCGAUAGACCUUCAAUUGUUAUCUUGGGUUCUGGUUGGGGUGCUAUUUCAUUUUUAAAACAUAUCGAUUCAACAAGAUAUAACGUUAUUAUUAUUUCUCCAAGAAAUUAUUUCCUUUUCACUCCUUUAUUACCUUCAUGUCCAGUUGGUACUGUUGAUGAAAAAUCAAUUAUGGAACCAGUUGUUUCAUUUGCUAAUAAGAAAAAGGGAGAUGUUACUUAUUAUGAAGCUGAAGCUACAGAUAUUAAUCCAAAUGAUAAAACUGUUACAAUUAAAUCUUUUUCAAAUAUGAAUUCAACAAUUACUACAAAUGAAGGUGUUGGUUUAAACAUUGGUUUAGAAGCUAAUGAAAUUGCUCAAAUUAAAUAUGAUUAUUUAGUUACUGCUGUUGGUGCUGAACCAAAUACUUUUGGUAUUCCAGGUGUUGAAACUCAUGGUUGUUUCUUGAAAGAAAUUUCUGAUUCAAGAAAAAUUAGACAUAAAUUCAUUGAAGCUGUAGAAAGAGCUAAUUUAUUACCAAAAGAUGAUCCUGAAAGAAAAAGAUUAUUAACUUUAGUUGUUGUUGGUGGUGGUCCAACUGGUGUUGAAACUGCUGGUGAAUUACAAGAUUAUAUUGAUCAAGAUUUGAAAACUUUUAUGCCAAAUAUUGUUGAUGAAGUUCAAAUUGUCUUGAUUGAAGCUUUACCAGUUGUUUUAAAUAUGUUUGAAAAAAAAUUAACUUCAUAUGCUGAAAAAGUCUUGAAAGAAACUUCAAUUGAUUUGAAAACAAGAACUGCUGUUUCAAAAGUUGAAGAUGAAUAUUUAAUUGCUAAAACCAAGAAUGAAGAUGGUUCAGUUGAAGAAACUAAAAUCCCAUAUGGUGUUUUAGUUUGGGCUACUGGUAAUAAACCAAGACCUUUAAUCACCAACUUAUUUAAAAAAAUCCCAGAACAAAAUCAUGCAAACCGUGGGUUAAUUGUUAAUGAAAAUUUAUUAGUUGAAGGUACAAAUUCUAUUUUCGCUAUUGGUGAUAAUGCUUUUGCUAAAUUACCACCAACUGCUCAAGUUGCUCAUCAAGAAGCUGAAUAUUUAUGUAAAGUUUUCUCCAAAAUUGCUAAAACUCCAGGUUUCCAUGAAAAAUUAUCAACUACAUCAGAAAAAGUUGAUUUAUUAUUCCAAGAACAUGGUAUUAAACCAUUCAAAUAUAUUCAUUUAGGUGCUUUAGCUUAUUUAGGUGCUGAAAAAGCUAUUGCUAAUAUUACUUAUGGUUCAAGAUCAUUCUAUUCAGGUGGUGGUAUCUUCACCUUCUUUGUUUGGAGAGUCUUGUACGUUUCAAUGAUUUUAUCUGUUAGAUCAAGAUUUAAAGUUAUUGCUGAUUGGUUAAAAAUUUCAUUCUUUGGUAGAGAUGCUUUUAAAGAAUUAUAG